AUGUUUACGAACAAUUACAAUGAUCAAGAGAUUAGAGAGUUGUUCGAUGAUGAAGAAUGGAAGGAACUGACUGAGGAUCGGUUAGGCAUUCCUGAUGUUCCGUUGAAUAUUGCAAAAGAAAUAGCCAGAUACGGAAAUAAAGACUUGAAAGAAUUACGUAAAACAAUAAUGACAUCAUAUCUUCCUAAUGAUGUUCCUUAUGAUAAUAACCAACACUACGACUUAGAAUGGAUACAAACAUCAAUAAGAACUAUAGUCAGUCUGUAUCAAAAUGAUGAUUCUCCUUUACAAAGAAACCAAUAUGAAUAUUGGUAUACUAUUGCUUUAUUUGGAGUUUGUAUAGAUGUUGCAUAUAGAGAUGCAAAAUUAGGAACAGAUGUUAAAAGUUCUAAUCGAAAGAAUCGUAUUAAAAAAAACAAAAGAAAACUAACAGGAAGGAAAUUAGACGGCAUUAUUUAUUUGGUAGAAAACCUUCAUGAAAUGGGAGCAAUUGAAGGAGCAAGGUCAUUUAAUGGAUUACAUGACAAAAAAUAUCUUUUAGAAUACUUUAAAAUGCCAAAAGUACUUCGAGACAUGUUAGCAGAUUUGAUAAUAGCUGUCGAUUACGAUGCUUAUAAAGCAAGCAAACUUCAAGUUUUUGGAAUUAUUCAUCUUGGGUUGAAAGUACAAUUUAUCAGAAUGUGGAGAGCAGGCGGAUCAAUAACAAUUUACAAAAAGGAUUAUCCAGUACACGAAGUACCGAGUAAAUUUUCUGUCGAUAAAUUUAAAUCGUUCUUAAAAUUCCUAGUAUCAGUUUAUCAAUAUAAGAUGAUAUUAAAAAAUAAUAUACAAAUUCUAUAUGGAGACGGUAAUGAUUCUAAAGAAGACACUUUAUUAAAUGACUUACUAAAUAUUGGCCGGCAACAAACACCACCUCCAAAUACUAUUAAUUACUUUGCAGAUU